AUGAUGGUGAACAUCUACUUCUGCCUGCCCGUAUUUGUUCUCAACUCUUAUGUCACUGCAGUAAACAUAGAGCAGCCAAAGCCUUACGUUUUUUUUAAUUAUGUAUAUUUUUCCCUAGGAACAAUCAUAGAGAAUGUUACAGAGGGCAGCAGCAUCUCUCUGAGAUGUCCUCGUGAUUAUGGAGGAUCACAUGUUCCAGAAAGGAGCAGAAAACUGAAAGCAGGAAGGUUUGAUGUUUCUACUGAGAACAAGACCCUGACCAUAAGAAAUGUGAAGCCUAAAGACUCUGGACUUUACUACUGUGAUGGAAAACCAGAUCUUUACGUGAAUGUGAGCAAGAGAUCUGACAGAGGAAAAAAGAGCACUGUAGCAACAACUACAAUGACAGUACCAAGUACAGUGCAGACCAAAGAUACAACCCCAAAACCAAACACAGGAAAAAAGAGCACUGUAGCAACAACUACAAUGACAGUACCAAGUACACUGCAGACCAAAGAUACAACCCUUUCAACCGUGACGACGGUUUCAACACCAAAACCAAACACAGAAAGGGGGAGCAAAGGAGUGCAGAGCAACAAGGCUCUCAUUGAGAACUCCUGA